UGAUAGUGAUAAUGACUCGAGAAGGGAUCCGAAUCGUUGCCAACAUGCAGUAAUUCUGUUCUGUCCUGUCCUUCAGCUUCAACGGCAAACCCUGGGCAACAUAGGUAUCCGUGGCAUCGGAUCUCCGGGCCGUCGUCUUGAUGUUGUUUGCAUCCCUUGUUCUUUCUAUCCACUACCACGAGGUGCUAACAAGGUUGAUAAAAGUCCUUCCAUUAACGAGACCAAUCAUCUUGUCCUCUUUCUUAAUGUCGGUGCACUUUCGCGGUCCUUCGUCGAUAUGGCUGCGACUAAGAGCCGUCUUCACUACCAUUACCUGGAAUAUAUGGCUCUGUUUUCCGGAUAGGCUGCGGUCAGUCGUCUAUCGCCGUCUUGCGAGAUGGUAUGGUGUUGGGAGCUGGAACAUAGACCACCUGCCUUUUGGCUUGAUAAUGAAGCAUACUCAAGAACGUCCUCCGACACUCGAGGCAUCGAUCAUCAGUUUUGUCCGAAAGAAUACCUCCAUUCCAGUCCUGGAAGUGUUGGAUACCAUACCCUCACGCCCAUCCCAUCCCGGUGGUUUGAUUAUCAUGAAACCAUCGAGGGUAUUACAUUGCAUGAAUGGCUUUCCCCCCGAGUCACGUUUCCACCAGAAUUUCACUAUUAUCUAGACCUUCUCAUGAAUGGAGAUGGGACUCGGAUUGAUGACCUACGAACUAUUCUUCUAGGAUUUGAGCCCACCGUCGAUCUCUCGGAUUCAUCAGAACUCAUAAGCGAUCUCAAGCAUGCAUUGCUCGAGCUCCGGGCUAUUCCUUCCCCUCCCUCUGGCCAGGUAUCGGGUGCAAAUGGCAUGCCGUUUGUAACCUUGCGUUUCUCAAACCGUGAUAUCCUCCAGCCAUUCGAAAAUAUCGCCGCUUUUCAUGAAAUGCUGCUCCAAUCAUGUGUAAUUGGAAGUCGAAUGCCUCGGCUGCGAAAGCUCGCCAAACCUGUGUAUGCCAAGCAGCAUAGGCUCUGCUUCUCCCAUUCGGAUCUUAGCACCAGUAAUAUCCUCGUCAAGGGCGGCCGUCUCGCAGGAAUCGUCGACUGGGAAACUGCAGGCUGGUUUCCUGAAUACUGUGAGUAUACCAUGCUGCAGAUUCGGAUCAUAUCAAAUGUCAAGGGUUUGCGUAUUUUUUGGGAUGCUGUUGGUGUAUUCGGUCAUGAACAAUAUCGGGACGAAUUAGAACUGGAAAGAGCACUGUUUCGCUCGACUGGAGAUACGGCUUUGGUUCCUGGUAUAAUCCCUGACGAUCCGAUGGACCGACCAAUAUCGGAUGAUGAAGCCGAAUCAUGAUGUUCGAAUGAUGGUUAAGGUCAUAUGUAGUUUUCUCACUUCCACUCUGUAUAUUCUUAUCUUUUUCGUCCACAGUUAAUUAUGGGGCUCAUUUCGCUUAUGAAAGGGUAGUCUAGCCCAGUCGUGGUCGCUAUGUCAUAGUUGGAUUAGAGGAUCAAACCGCAGACCCACAACGGUGCCUAAGGUACUCUCACUCCCAUUGUGACCACCCUUCCGGUGAAGAACGACAUAUACGCAGCUUUAACAAAGGCCGCGAUACCUGGGACCUAUCACUGGAUACUCUACUUU